GCUGUCAAUCUGCUAGUUAUUCACUCAUUCAAAUAUCUAUUUUUGCUCGCGUAUUUAUGGCGUAUUUAUCGCAUUUUGUUUGUCGUAAUUGUUGGUGAUCAAAAAUUUAAGGAUUUAUUUGGAAUUUCCGGGAAUAACGACUCAAUAAAGAUAUAAAAUCUGGAAAUAUUUUUCAUCUGACGUGAUUAAUACAAUUGUUGUAAAUUAAGAUUGUAAACAAUGCAGUGAAAAGUCCUAAUGAAUUUCUUUGAAAACGAAAUGACAUGAACUAAAUAUUUUGUUGGUCCACCCUAAUGAAAUGUACAGAUAAGUGUAUUUGUUUUCAAAUAUGAUGCAGUCAUCAUCAGAAGGAUGCAUGAACAUCGCCGAACUGGCUAAUCAGUUGCGGCGUGAAAAAAUAUUCAUAAAUACCGAGAGGCAGCUGUUACAGAAGUUGAACGAAGAUGUGGAGAACCGGGCAGUGGAGUUGUUACAGGUGUCGUGGAUCUGCUCGCAACAGCGUCAGAACCUCACAAACCUGAUAUCACGAUCUGAGGUGGAAUCUAUAGCCGCCUGUCAACGAGCCAGUGCUUUAGAAAGAACCACAUUUAUCGAUGUUUACAAAGUCCUCAAGUACAAGGAAGCUUUAGCACUUGGCGAGCUCCUUGGAUGGCUCCGAGAUUCGCCGCACCUUGUUGCACUUUGCCUCUUACUAGGAGAAGAACAUAUGCCUCAGUCGCUGCCCUCGGCUUUAGUUGCUGGUUUAUAUGGAAGUUGUAGACUAGCUAGUGACCGUACAAGAUUAUUAGCUGUCAUAAAAUCGUUGAUUAAGCAUCAGCUGGUCACUUCCAAUGAUCCUAGAAAGUUAUUCAGAACAGGCAAAUGUGCCCUCGCAUCUUUGUAUGCGGUUUUUCGGGAUGGCCACACUCCUGCGCGUCAAUUCCUUAUCGCGAUGUUACAGGGACCAGUGAUGACUGUACUGCAAGAGGACGAAUUCUUCCUUGAUAUUGACCCAGACAAAUCUAUGGAAAGGUUUUCAUCAUCGGACCGUCUGAAAAAGUUCGGCCCACCGAACAGCGCGGAAUACGCAGCCAAGGUGACCCGCUACCGGAAAUGGACCGUGCAGUCGCUGUACAACCUCACCACCAAGUUCAUCAUAUCGAUGAAAGAACACUGGUCGAACUUCCCGACGACCAUCGCGUGGAUCAUACAGCAAAUUGUACAUUUACUGAAGCAACAUUCCAGAGUAUCAGAUCGCGAACUGCACGCCCUCUGUACUGACCUCGUGUUGAACCACCUGAUAUGUCCCGCGAUCAUGAACCCCGAGGCGCACGGCGUGCUGGAGGUGCCCGUCUCGUACAUCGCGAGGUCCAACCUUAUACAGAUCGCGCAGAUCAUUCAGAUGCUCUGUCUGGCUAAGUACCAGGACGUGGAUCCGAAGCUGCGCGACCUAUACAUGAAGUUCGAGCGCACGUCCGUGUGGACGCUGGUGGAGAGCGUGAGCGGCGAGGAGUACAGCGGCGCGCCCCCCGCCUCGCCGCACCCCCCGCUGCACCCGCACCCGCGCACGCCGCGCGCCCUGCUCGCGCCCGCAGAUGCGCACCUGCUGAUAAUGUUCUUAAAACGUAUAUCGUCGAAAUUGAACAAUAACAUGCCAUCGACGCCGUCCGACGAGCAGCCCGGGAACUCCGCGACGGUCGCCGAGGCUGUCUUCAGCUCGUCGAGCAGCGAGUGCUCGUGGGGCGGGGAGGCGUCCGCGUCGCGCCUGGCCGCGCUGCUGCAGACCAUGGAGCCCAACUACAGGAGCAGACUCCACGACCUGCUCAAGAAAAUGCCUGAUCUAUCUAAAUACAAGCAAACCUCGCCGCUAGAAGCCAAAGACACCCUCGAGAACGGUCACCCGAAGAAAGGUAUACUCGCUAAAGUUCCGAAGCCCCGCCUGCCUCGCUCCGGCAGCUCCAACUCCUCGCUGGCCGACGAGAGGUCGACGAACGGGUCGUGCGACAGGGAGGAGGUCGGCGACGGUCCAGAGGUCUGGAUGAUACGGCUGGCCAACACCGAGGAGCACGAGUACAUCGGUCUGAUACCGGAAUCUAAAGUGUUGGAGUGUUACUACGGAGGGGCGGAGGGCGACGACCCCGCGCUGGUCCCGCCCCGCGCUCCUCAGCAAAAACGUACCAGGUUCUCGGUGUCCCACGACGAGGUGUCCCUGGGCAACACGUCGGACAACUUGGAAGCCGUGUCGGAAGCCGCCUCCAACCACAGCGUCACCUCCAGCAUGGAGCUCGAAACCGAAGACCAGAACGACAACCUAUCUGAUAUGGUGUCGGCGAACGUGAGCGGGCGCGGCAGCCCCAACAUCUCGGGGCGGGAGACGCCGUCGUCCCAGGUCACCGACGGCGACGCGGCCGGCGACGCGCCGCAGAGGAGAAUACCGCAAAAUGUUCCACCGAGUCAAGCGGUCAACGUUCAAGCCAAACUACUGAAGCACACGAGAAACGAAAUCGAAGAUAAAUUCUGCAAAUUCGAAAUCAGGAAACUCCUGGAAGGCGACGAGACGAUCAGCAUAAUGUCGGACACGUGGAGCACCGACGUGCUCGCCUCGGACUCGGAGACCAUCGGGGACUCGUGCGAGCAGACGCAGAUAGCGGCCGGCCAGGGCGUCAGCGCCAACAGCACGAACGCUCCCGACGCGUCCGAGACCGCCAGCGAGUCCGCGUGGAGCAUGGACGUGCUGGCCUCCGACAGCGACCGGAACACCGAGGUGGACACGGACGACUGCGUGUCGGUGGCGGCGCGCUCCGACACGUCGUGGCCGCGCCGCGCCUCGCAGCCCGACGAGCCCGCGCCGCCGCCCCAGAACGGUAAUAUAAAGCGGCCUGAUGUGAUUCGGGACAGCCCAAGACACGCUUCGAGACCUCAUUUAGUCAACAGGUCGGGGGGCGGCUACCUCACGGCGACGGCGGCGCUGAGUCGCGGCGGGGAGCUGGACCUGGCCGCGCACCACGCGCACUACGGGCUCGAGAACAGGAAGAGCAUCCUCGUCAACGGGUACCCGGUAAUGACUUGCUACACGGCCUCCGCCCCGGAGAGCCCGAGCACGGCGGCGCCCCCACCCCCGCCCGCCGACGCCUUCGACAACCGACCGAUCAAUGGAGAGUCAACGCAAACAGAGUCGACAUUAGAUGCGGAGAGUCAGUCGGACGCGACCAGCCAGUGGGUGGACGACAGCUUCCCGUCGCUGGGCGGCCCCUCCACCUCCACCUUCGAGUUCCCGCCCGCCUCCAAGCCCUACGAGGACAACGACCUCGACCGCUCCAACUCCAGCGAGAGCUCGUUCAACGCGCUCUCCGUGUCGCAGUACGGCGACACCAUCACCGACCUCAUGACCCGCAUGUCCUCGGCCACGAUAUCCACCUCAACGAACCUCAUGAACAAUCUCACUUCGCGGAUCACGAAAUCCGAGAUCAGAACUGUGGUCAGCAUCUCUUCGUCGAAAGUGGAGAAGAAGAGAGACGGGAAUAAUAUUUCGUUGAGCACCCUGUCAGUGAACAGCGGAGAGACUUCGGUGUCGGAUAAGAGUUCGAGUCAAGACGUGAACUCGGAGAACGUGACGGAGAGGAGAGUGAGUCCGCCGCCCGUGAAGGCGCCCUCUACCGGCGCUAUACCAAAGAGCAUCAGCUUCGAUGCGACGGCUGAGAAAUCGCAACGAAGGCGCGCAGUCGGCGAGGACGGUCUCGCGGGGAACCUGGACGAGCUCAAGAACAACGUGAAGCGCUCCGGCGGCAACCUCCUGCACAAGAUCAAGAUGUUCAGGCACAUCGGCCGGUCUCAGCAGCACCACGACAUAAAGCUACCCGAAGAAGAUUGUCGCAUCGACGAGGGCGCCCGACCCGAAGCCGCGCCCGGCGAGAGCUCCGAAGACAUCCUCGCCAAGUACCGCCGGAAGAGCUCCAGCGACUCCAGCGGUAAGAGGCGGCCGCAGCUACGCCUCGCCGAUGUACCGGACGCCGACCUAGAGAGGUGUGAGGGGGUCGUGAACCUGAAUGAUCCAGAGGUAUUCAACAGUAUGAAGCAGAAACUUCGGAUGGUACUGUCCAAUCCAGAUCUGCACUGUGUCGACUAUGUACCUAACCGCGUGACGAGCUCGUCGCUGGUGGAGUGGAUGCGCGCGGCGGCCGCGUGCGCCGGCUGCGAGUCCGGAGCGUCGCACGCGCACGCGCUGGGCCGCGCGCUGGGCGGCGACGCGGCGCUGGACGGGCGGCUGGCGGCGGCGCUGCGGGCCGACCUGUGCGCGCGCCGCCCCUACGCCGCCUACCUCGCCUCCUGCCGCGCCGCACUCGCGCACGCCGAGCGGGCCCUGCUGGCGCAAAUAAAGCUCGUGAAAUCGGAAUGCUCGUCGUGCGGGCGCGCGGCGGCCGCGGCGCGCGUGCUGCAGCAGCUGGAGCGCGGGCACGCACUGCGCCGCCUCGCCGCGCACCACCUGCGCGCCGCCCCCCUCGCCUGCGGCGGGGAACUGAUGGACGAGAAAGCAACAAGACUGACUGCCGGUAUCAAAGCAAUCAUCGCUGAGGUGAAGGCCGAUCCUUCCUGGGAAGGUGCAACGCAGAACAUUCUAGAAAUGGCGGAGCUUACCGUAGAGCGAGCCGCGUUCGCGAGGCUCUAUCUCCACGUGCUGUUCCCCAACGGAGAUGGCGACAUUGCACGUGACCAGGUGCUGAGCGAGCACAUCCGGCGGCUGGCGGCGUGCACGUGCGCGUCGCGUGCGGGCGUGGCGCCGCGCCACCUGUGGGCCGCGCCCUUCCCGCGCGCGCAGGCCCUGCUGCGGCAGCUGCCCGGAUACCGCGCGCCCGCCGACAAGAUCGCGUGCGUCACCCAAUGUGUGACGUCAAUAAUGGCGGUUCUGAACCUCACGGAAUGCACCGCGCCCUCUGCUGACGACCUAACGCCGGUCCUCGUGUAUGUCAUUAUAAAGGUGAAUCCGCCGUCGCUGCUGUCGACGAUCGAGCUGGUGAGCGCGCUGGGCGGCGGCGCGCGCGGCGAGCAGCACUACUGCUGGACGCACUUCUGCGCGGCCGUCGCAUACAUCAAGACCAUGGACUACACCCCGCCGCCCAUCUAGCGCCGCCCCGCGCGCCCGAUGUCAGCGCGUGUUAAUGAUUCAAUGAUUUCCAUCGAGUGGAGAUUGCGUCCUCGACGCAACACAGUGUAGAGGCAACCGAGGUACAAGAUCUUGCACAACCUCCACGUACAAUAUCGCAGUAUCAUUUAUUUACAUUCGAAUUUAUAUGAAAAUAUAAUAUUUAUUAUUUCACCGGUUCGACUUGAACUGUGUGAAUAUUGAAUUUAAUAUUUAACGAUAUAUGAAGACAUGAGUGGAUGAAGGGAAUAUGAUAUAAUUUGUUAAUUUUGAGAAAAUUGGCAACAAACUUUAGUUACUUGUACUUUUUCUUCGUAAUCAACUCCUUAGUCAUAUACAAUUUCUAAAAAAUAGCCUUUGAACCCCAAGUUUUAAGAUCUCUAAUAUGGUCUGUAUAUUAUUUACAUAACACCUUCAUUUAAUGUAAAAACUCAAAAAUCUUAAAAAUUGUACUUAAGCCCUUCAUCCACUCGUGUCUUUAAUAGUAGUGACACUGCUGUUGGCCGUCUGUAUGUACUAUACUCUGUACUGCUUUACUUUUGGACAGUGUUGCCGAAAUUCAACUUCUAUGUCAUUGUAUAGAAUUUAGAUGAAUUUGUUCAAACUAAAUUCAAAAUUUGAAAAGAUUAUCUGUAACAUAAAAACGUCCUCUAAUCUAUUAAUUGGCCUUUACGUGAGUGAACGCGAAAAAUAUAUUCCUAUUAUUGAUAAUAAAUGUGGAACGCUUUCGGGAAUUGAUGAGUUGUAGCGACGGCGUAUUUAGGUAACUAACAUUAUUAUCCGUAGCGAGACGUCAAUGGCGUUGUGUAGAGUUAAUAACUAAUAGAUAGCAUCAAAUGCCGACCUGGUAGCCGACAAAGCUUGUAUAAAUUUUGUAAUUUACAUUAAUAUGCCUUUCUCUAGAAUCCAUAACGUAAUUUAGCAGAUUAUUAAUAUUAUUUAUUGUCUCGUGAUUGUAUUGGGAAAUUCGAAAAAAAUAAAAAUAAAGUAUAUUCGCUUUGUAUAAAAAGGGUAUUUUUAGGGUAAAAGACUUAUCGUACGUGAGUUGAUCAGAGUUCGUUAGGCGUCUGUGAUGUAGAAGUCGGAUAUUAGGAGACGGUAUUUUUUUUGAAAAGAUUUGAGUUUUGUCUAUUAGUAAUUUAUACGAGCCGUUUUUUUUUGUCGGGACGACAAAUCGUGUCGUUGAUCAUUCUGCCUUCGAAAUCUAUCACAUAAUUAUAAUAAUAAUUAUAAUUCAUUUAUUGCAAUGUAAAAUGUAUAUGAAAUUACAUUAUAUUUUAUUGAUUCGAAUUGCAAGUUUGUUACAUGGUUCGGGCCGGUCCGCUAUUUGUUCAACUGUAAAAAUGUUUAUUGUUUAUAUUGAUUUACGAAUCGAGUAUAGCAGGACUAUAUUUGUUAGCUCGGUAUUGCAUGUUUCAUUUCAAUGGGUCUAUUAAGCGACUCUUUGAAACUGUUUUUGGUAAUUUGUGGAAUGUAAAUAAAAUAAUUGAUUACUUGAAAAAUUGUUGGAAAUGAAUAAAACUACAUUUUGUUAUUCGUAUGCCACUGAGCGACUCUUCUGUCGCGUCACGAGUCUACACCGCGCGCAGCCUAAACCUGCUUUCAGACUACACUAUAAUAUAAUAUAAUAAUAUAUACCAUCCGGCUAUGGAAUGAGCUCCCCUCCACGGUGUUUCCCGAGCGCUAUGACAUGUCCUUCAAACGAGGCUUGUGGAGAGUAUUAAGCGGUAGGCAGCGGCUUGGCUCUGCCCCUGGCAUUGCUGAAGGCCAUGGGCGACGGCACCAUCAGGUGGGCCGUAUGCUCGUCUGCCUACAAGGGCAUUAAAAAAAAAAAAAAAGCAUAUCCUCGUUGUCAAACCAAAAUCUGCUAUCUGCACUUUUUGACCUUUUCGUAUAGCUCACAGCCCUAUGUACCGUAUAAAAAAACUGAUAUGUGUCUAUAAUAGCUUUAAUAGCUUUAAUUUGAUGUAGUUUUUAAAAAAUCACCUUCAUAUAAAAUUUUAUACGAAAAUGUUUUUACUCGUUAAUUCAAAAUAGAGUUUUUGCGCAUAGCAGAUUUUGGUUUGACAGCGACGAUAUAGUAUAUAGCUCAUAGCACAACAAUAUUGCGCACCAUACAUUGUUAUGGACACGUUUAUACUGUACUGUACAAUAUUAUACUGUACUGUAUUAUUGGCUAAGUAUACGCUGUUAUGCUAUAUGGCACUAUAGUAUCGCGCAGUCUGAAAGCAACUUAAUAAAUGUGAUGUAACUGUGGAACAUGCGUCGACGGGUUUUGGCGGUAAAUCAAAAAAAAUCUCUAAACAAUUUCUACAUGGUGUCGACGUUAUCGAUUCUAUCAAUAUAGUAUUUUUGUAAAACUAAAUUACAAUUUUCAUUUGAUAAAAAAUUAUUUAAGCUGCUAGUAUAGUAUUUUUUCGACUAAAUUACAAAUUUUAGCUGUUUCAAUUUUGUUAAAGCGGCUAAUUGUACGUUUUACGUAAUUUUUAAACUGUCAAUCAAAAUUAUGAACUUAUGAAUACGUAACCCCGCUGUAGCCGUAGUCAUCGUUUAAGUGAAUGCAAUAUUCCAGUCGCGCUGUAAAAUAUAGUCUUACUGUGUUUACCAUUGGAAUUUAAUAUAUUUAAGUACAUCAAUCUCGAGUAUUCCGUAAUGUGUCGGUUUUCAUAAAAUGUAAUUAAUAUUUCAUAAGUUAUUGUACUAAUGCAUCAGUUGAAAUCGCGUCACACAAAAGACAUUCUUUAAUUUUAUUAUUAAUCUAUGUAGUUGUAAGCUUGUAACACAAAGAUAAUCUCAUUUUAAUUAAUAUUCUGUAGUAAACUGUACAGGGUGUACUUGGAAUGUUCUCGAAAACGAAUACGGGUGGUAAUUGUAAUAACUUAUAUAAAAUACAUUUCAGUUUUUUUCAUAUUACUAUAUCGUAAUUUUGGGGUAAACAGCGACCUCUCUGUCUGUGGCACUGGUAUUUCUUUUCAUGUUGCGUAUUUAACUUACCACAAAUACUAGUAUUUGCCGCGAAACAAUCCUUUUACACCCUGUAUUAAGAGUCAUUGCUAUUUUGAGUGUGGGAAAGGUAGGUAGCAUGUUUGGUGGAAACUAUAGAUUCAGUGUUUCAAAACGUCCACUUGCACAAAUAUUUCUGUUAUGAUACUCACUAAAGGUAGUAAUGACAAAAUAAUUUAAUAACAUUCGAAUACAGCUGUUAUGUAAUCUUGCCCAGGCUGUAGACGGCAGAAUAUGUAUAGUAGGUACGUAUUUAAAAACCUUUUAUAGCGGCUCCCGAUAAUUAUAUAGUAGAAUAUAUAAGAAUGUAUUGUUGUAAUCAAGAGCAAUGAAAUUAUAUUUAGAAAUAAUAA